UAUUCCCCUUCUAUUUUAUUUCUUAGUAGCACUUGUAGAACCAGACGACGCCGUAUUGACGUUGAUGGAAACCGGAGAGGCAACCACGGCAAAGGCCUCGUCUCUCCGAUGGAAAAUUCUCCGGCAAGCCCUUCGCCGCAAACCAACCGAUGAGCAAUCUGCAAUUGGGGUCAAGCGAAUCACGAGGAAGACAAGUCAAGGCUUCAACUUGAUACCCUCCAACCUCGUUAAAGACCCAACUAACUUAACAGACGCAACUGUCUGUCCCAAGCUUUACAUCAAUCAACAAGUUGUUGACCGUGCUGAGCUUCGUGACUUUGAGAUUUGCAAUCAGUACAAUAUUGACAAUACUGGGCUUGUUUGUCAGUGGCCAUCAGAAGAGGCUCUUGCGUAUUUUCGCUUGCAGAAUGCAGACAUGUUCAGGUCUAAGAGAGUGAUUGAGCUUGGGGCAGGAUAGGGAUUAGCCGGUUUAGUUAUGGCAGCUGCUACAGAGGCAUCAGAAGUUGUAAUUUCAGAUGGAUAUCCCCAAGUAGUUGAUUAUAUUCAGCGGAAUAUUGAUGGCAACUCGAAAGCAUUUGGUGGUACGGGAGUGAAGUCUAUGAUGUUGCAUUGGAAUCAGAACGAAUCAAGCAUUGCUAGCAUUUUUUAUCUCAUUGUUGCGAGUGACUGCACCUUUUUUAAGGAAUUCCACAAUGGACUUGCUCAAUUUGUCAAAUUCUUGUUGGAAAAGGCGUGGCCCUCUGAAGCUAUAAUCUUCAGUCCUAAAAGAGGAGACUCCUUAGACAAGUUCCUAGAGAAAAUCAAAGAAAAUCAAUUGUGCUUCAGCAUAACAGAAAAUUAUGAUGGUGAUGGUUCCUGGCCCAGCUAUGAAAAAGAUCACUGCUAUCCCUUAUUAAUCAGGAUUGCACUUUGAUCUGACUAUCCUUCAUCAGCUGCAAAUACUUCAGGCAAUAUAGAUUUCGGCUCUGUGGGAUCAAAAAACUGACCUAUGUUGUAGCUUGUAUUGAAUGUACUUAUUAAUUUAGGGAAAUAUAGAUAUUGCAAUGUACAGAUUAAAUUGGUAUUGUUGCCCUCAGUUGGUGGAUCCCAAGUGAUUAAAACUGCAUCUCAUUAGGUAGAUCCUUCUCAUAUCUGUAGUAUACCAAUUGGAAAUGAAAGACAUCUUUAUUAGUUGAUAAAAUAUGGUUGUUUCCUUUUUAAGAUGAUCAAGCUAUAGGUUUUGGCAGAUUUAUGGUUUUCCAUAUGUAGUAAAAGAAUCAAGUCCUGCUUUUGAUCGUUAUAAUAUAUUGGUGACUUCCUUUUUAACAUGAUCAGGAGAUUAAAAGUUUGAAACUUAUGCCUGAAGAUUCCUUAUCUUCACCUGUGCAUCAAGUCAAACAUUUUUCUUUAAAAUAGAAUCGUCCUUGAAUAAUCUCCUCUUUUGAUCAAGUAAAUUAGCAUAUACUGGGA